AUGGGGAAAAUCACUAAUUUUAGAGACCUAAUUGGCGCCAUCAAAGACAAGGCCGCCCUCUCCAAAGCCUCCAUCCUCCCCGCCGGCCCAUCCGCCGCCGCCUUACCCAUCCGCCUCGCCGUCCUCCGAGCCACGGCCCACCUCCCCCACUCCCCGCCCGACGAUCGCCGCAUCUCCGCCCUCCUCCUCCUCGGCGACACCUCCCGCGCCGCCGCGGCCCCCGUCGUCUCCGCCGUCGUGGACCGCCUCCGCCGCACUGGAAGCUCCGUCGUCGCCCUCAAGUGCCUCCUCGUCCUCCACCACGCCGUCCGCCGCGGCCCCUUCAUCCUCCGCGACCAGAUCUCCGUCUUCCCCGCCGCAGGCGGCCGCAACCACCUCAACCUCUCGCGUUUCCGCGACGCUGCUACCCCUGCCACGUGGGUCCUCUCUGCCUGGGUCCGGUGGUACGCGCGCUACCUGGAGACCCUGUUGUCUGCCUCCAGGGCCGUCGGGUACUUCCUCUGCUCGUCCACGGCGGAUUACGACCGCCGGAUCUCGUCGUCCCUCAACGCCGAUUUGGUCGGCGUAGUCGAUUGUCUGGUGGGUGUGGUCGAGGAAAUAUGCAGAGCACCGGAUUACAACCCCGCCGUCGCCGAGGGCGAGAUGCUGGUGAAGGAGGUCGUGAGGCUGCUGUUGACUGAUUACACCUCCUUGGUCAGCGAGUUAGUGCCGCGGCUGGCCGAGUUGAGCGAGAGACUGAGUUGCAUGAGUUUUGGCGAGUCAGUGGAGCUUCUGUGCGCGAUGAAGAGAUUGGAGGAAUGUAGGGAGAGGCUAUCGGUUUUGUGUGCGGUGGAUAAGCAUUCGAUUAAGACGAUGUGGGCUUUGGUUCGUGAGUUGAAAGAAAAGCUUGGGACGUCGAUGGUGUGUGCUAAAGAUGGAGGGAAAUUGCUGAGUUGGGGUAUUCGGGGGAAGAUGAGUGAGUCGACUCGGUUUGAGGAGCGGGUUUUAGGAAAGGUUGACUCGGUCAAAUUCCAAUCAGGGAGGUUUGCAGUGUAA